UCUCGCGCUCAGUCAGCUGAGCACCUGAACGCACCUGUUCCACGCGCGCCAUGCCUUCACCCAUCCCUGUCACGCGCCUGCUGUCCAAAGACCUGUACCCAUCCGUGGAGCUGAGCACGUGCAGCAGCCCUCUGGCCCAGCAGGCCCACGGCUCCAGCCUGCAGGUCCCCCAGACCCGGCUGCACCGGCGGGUCUGCAGCCGCUCCUGGUCCUCCGUGAUCCACUGGGACCAGCUGCGCUCCGUGGAGCCCGUGGGCUCCGGCGGGUUCGGCUCCGUGUACCGGGCCGAGUACCUCGGAGAGACCGUGGCUCUGAAGAAGGUCAAGAAGAGCUCCAAGAAUCCGCUGGCGUCCCGCCAGAGCUUCUGGGCCGAGCUGAACCCCGCGCACCUGCAGCACCCGAACAUCGUGCGCGUCAUCGCGGCCACCACGUGCGUGCCGGCGGACUUUGGGGACGAAGGCAGCAUCGGAACCGUCCUGAUGGAGUUCGUGGGGAGCAGGAACCUGCAGCAGGUCAUCUAUGAGAGCUCGGAGCCACUGGAGGAGGCUCGGUGGUUCCGGUUCUCCCGGGACAUCGUGGCGGGUCUGAACUUCCUCCACUCCCACGGCCUGGUCCACCUGGACAUCAAACCCGCCAACGUCCUGCUCUCCUCCGCGGACGUCUGUAAGAUUGCGGACUUUGGUUGCUCCGUGAAACUGGACCGGGACUGCGAGAUGAGCUCCAUCAGCCCCCACCUGAGCCACGUGUGCGGGACCUACACGCACCGGGCUCCGGAGCUGCUCCGGGGCCAGCAGGUCUCCUCCAAGGCGGACAUCUUCUCCUUCGGGAUCACGCUGUGGCAGCUGCUGACCCGGCAGCCCCCCUACACCGGGGACCGGCAGCACGUGCAGUACGCAGUGGUGGCCCAGCACCUGCGGCCGUCGCUGCGGGACCACCCGGUGUUCCGCACGGCCCUGGGCCGGAGGUGUUCGGUUCUGCUGGGACGCUGCUGGAGCGCAGAGGCCCGCAGCAGACCCAGCGCCCGGGACCUGCUGGACCUUCUGGAUCAGGUCCACUCACAGACCUGAACCUGGAUCCGGUUUUACAAACCUGAAGGCUUUUAAUGGUUUUCUUUAAAUUCAGACUUUUUAGUUCCAGCUUCAGAGAACUGGUGGUCCGGACUCUGGUCCUGGUGGGGGUUUAGUGAAAUCUUAUUCUGAGUAAGACGUGACGUUUUAUGAAAUAAAUGUAUUUUAA